UGACGUCACUGCGGCGGUUUUCCUGUGUGACCGGGACCUGCUGGUAGCUGCUGCCGCCUGUCAACAUCAUUCAGCUCCUGAAGACAUCUGAGUCCUGGGAUUUUGUUUUUAACUGUUUGUCUCUGACGGUCCACUAACUGUCCUCCACCAUGUCCAUGUACCAGGUAAAGCCCAUCUGUGGUGGUCACUUAAAGACUGAUUUGCCAACCUGUAUGUACAAGUUACCAAAUAUCCACGCGCAGCAAGGGAACAGCUGCACCUCUGAACACGCGCUUCAGAAUGGCGAGGUGGACCCAGCCAUCAAAGCUCUGGAGGCCCGGCAGGAUGAGAUCAUGAGAAAGCUGUAUGAGUUGCAAACAGCUGUGGAUGGCCUGGCCAAGACCGUGACCACCCCAGAUGCCGAUCUGGACCUGACAGUCAGCAGCAGCCUCUCCUCCCAGUGCUCCACAACCUUCAAAGGUGUCACAGACCUGGACACACUACUGGGCAAGGACCUCGGUGCUCUCCGCGACAUCGUCAUAAACGCCAACCCGGCACAGCCACCCCUGUCCCUGCUGGUGCUCCACAGCCUGCUGUGUCAGCACUAUCGGGUGCUCUCCACCGUCCAUGUCCACUCCUCAGUUACCAGUGUGCCGCCACAGCUCCUGUCCUGCCUCGGUCCACGCCACGCAGACAGCUAUGCCCGCCAGAUGUUCCAGCUGGGAUUCACCCUCAUAUGGAAAGACGUUCCCAAACUGGAGAUGAAGUUCAGUGUCCAGAACAUGUGUCCCAUCGAGGGUGAGGCCAACGUGGCGCGCUUCCUCUACAAGCUGCUGGCUCCCUACCCCAGUGACCCUGCUCCCGCCACACUGGUGGACAGCUGGGUGGACAUAGCUUUCUUCCAGCUGGCAGAGGGCAGUGCCAAGGAGCGGGCCACCGUCCUGCGGGCCCUCAACUCCACUCUGGGCCGCAACCCUUGGCUGGCCGGGCCGGAGUUCUCCCUGGCCGACAUUGCCUGCUAUUGCUGCGUGCUGGAAAGUGGCUCUGUCUCCUCUGCUCCCACUCAUGUCCAGCGCUGGAUCAAGUCCUGUGAGAACCUGGGCCACUUCAGCCCUGCCAAGCUACUUCUGCAGUGACUGGGGCUGUCCCGGGACCAGACACCAGAAGAGUUUCUUACUCAAGCAAAGUGAGAGAAGGGCAUUAGAAUAUUAAACUAUCCCAGCCAUGUCUGGAGCACCUUCUAAUGCUUCCUUCCUCACUGUACUAUAUCACUGAACUGACAAAGGCUAGGUAGAAGCAAUAUGGUUGAUAGUUAAAGUAUUUAUCUCCACCAAACAAAGAGGCUAUAUUUUGCAAGGGAGGAAGCAUAAGAGGCCUGUAAAGACAAGGGCUUGGUGAUGGAUUCAAUCAAAGGUACUGAUAGAAGUUGUUAUUCUAACACACACUGUACACCUUCCACCCACUUUGUGCCUAAUAUGAUCCUGUUCUAAAUGUGUGCGUUAAUGUGUGGUGAUGGUUAUUACUAGGUGUUUUCAAAAGUAAUACUUUGUACCUUUGUUUUUCUGAAAUCAUUAAAACCUCAACUUUGGAUCAAACUUUGAA